AUGACGAUGGUGGUUAAACAGGAAGUUGAUGCUGCUGGUGAUUCACCUUAUAUGGGCUUCCUGUUACUGUGGAACCAGCUCAUCAUCAUAAGAAGAAGAAAAGCAGAAGUGACGGCCACUCCUCAUCCAGACAUGAAGACUUCAACUGUGUGUCUGCUGCUCGGUGUGUCUGUGCUGCUGCUGUCUGGUCCCACUGAUUCAGCAGUCUCUCUGAGAGUCAGUCCAGACCUUCAGCAGUUCUUCAUCAGAGAGGGUCCACUGACUCUGAGCUGUGAUGAAGACGGACAGACAGCUGAUGGAUGGACGGUGAAGAGGACAACAAGAGGAGGGACUAAAGAAGAGACUAGACAGUGUGGUGAUGGUGAUCAACGCUUUGGGAAGAUUGUGGGUUCUAACUGCAUCAUCUCAAGUCUCUCUCCCAACUCAGAUUCUGGAGUUUACUGGUGUGAAAGAUCUGGAGAGAGAAGUGAAGAGAUCAACAUCACAGUUACUGAUCUUACCUUUAAGCUGGAGAUUCCUGCUCUUCCUGUGCUGACAGGAAGUGAUGUCACUCUGCGCUGUAGGACCAGAGAUGGUUCCACACCAGCAUUUACAUUAUUAAAGGACGGUAAAGCUGUUACAGGUUCCUCUAAAGGAGAGUUAAUCAUCAGUAAGGUCCAACAGUCUGAUGAAGGUUUCUACUCGUGUGUUAAUCAGAAUGUAGAAUCUGCAAGGAGCAGGCUGAGGGUCAAAGACUCUUGUGCCAUCUAGUGGUCAUCAGUCCGUACUGCAUCAGUUCUGUCCUGAUGGUUUCCAUCUACCGCAGCAGGAGGACAGGAAACAGACCCGCCGUCUCCAUGGAGACCAGCCAGCGUGAUGGAGGAGAUCAGGGAUUGGAUGGAGAGUAUGAUGAUGUCACCACUGAGCAUGACUUCUGAGCUGCAGCUUGUGUUUUAAUCAUUUACAGUAAACUGAUGAUGAAGAGGAGGAAGAGGAGGAGGAAGCUGAUCACACCUUAGACCAAUGAUCAAUGAUCAAUGAGCAGAUGAUUAUUGAUCAUUGAUCAUUGUUUAUUGAUUAUUGAUUAUUGAUC